CCACGUGAUUGACUCUCAUAACUUGAUAACGUAAGAACUAAAAAGUAAAGUGUGAACAAUAAGCAAAACAAGUUAGGAUAAUACUUUUUGUACCUUUAUAAUAUCGAAGCUUGAAAAUAAAUCUUCAAAAUGCUUUUGAGAUAUUAUCGCAGUGAAGAAGGUACUCGGGUUUACACUUUAAAGAAAGUGGAUCCUGCUGGCAACCAAACUUUAAGCGCUCAUCCAGCCCGAUUUACACCAACUGAUCAACAUUCUAAAGAACGGAUUCGAAUUAAGGAAAGAUUUGGACUUCUGCCUACACAAAAACCAGCACCAGUAUACUAAGAUCAUACAUCAACACCAAAGAAAAUAGUAAAAAAAAAAAAUAAAAAUGAAUUGAAUACCCAAUUUGUCAACUUUUAUUUAAUAAAAUAAAUAA